AUGUAUAUAUGUCCGCUAUCUAUCUAUCUAUCUAUCUAUCUAUCUAUCUAUCUAUCUAUCUAUCUAUCUAUCUAUCUAUCUAUCUAUCAUUUGUUCAUAUCUAUUUGUUCAUAUCUAUCUAUCUAUCUAUCUAUCUAUCUAUCUAUCACUGCUUAUAUAUAUAUAUUCAUAUCUAUCUAUCUAUCUAUCUAUCUAUCUAUCUAUCACUGCUUAUAUAUAUAUAUUCAUAUCUAUCUAUCUAUCUAUCUAUCUAUCUAUCUAUCUAUCUAUCUAUCUAUCACUGCUUAUAUAUACACACACACACAUAUAUAUAUAUAUCUGUUCAUAUCUAUCUAUCUAUCUACCUAUCUAUCUAUGUAUCACUGCUUAUAUCUAUCUAUCUAUCUAUCUAUCUAUCUAUCUAUCUAUCUAUCUAUCACAGUGCUUUCAUAUCUAUCUAGAGGCAGAAAUAUAGAUGCAGAUAUAUAUGUUUAUAUUGUAACAAGGAGAGAACGAUGGCUGCGUAACAUCUUAUAUGCCCACCGCACUAUCUAUCUAUCUAUCUAUCUAUCUAAGUCUGUUCAUAUCUAUCUCAGUUUAAUGAUUUCUAUUUAUAUCUAUCUCAAUCUGUUCCUAUCUAUCUAUCUAUCUAUCGCUGGUUGA